AUGGUCUCACCCGCUGAGCAAGGCCAGCCCAACGGCGCCGCGGUCAACGGCACCAACGGCGUCAACGGCGUCAAAGGCCCAGAUCGCAUCCUCCGGGUUGGCAUCAUCGGCUGCGGCGAGAUCGCACAGGUGGCUCACAUUCCCACCCUCAACUUCCUGGCACACAAGUUCCGCAUCACGUACCUCUGCGACAUCUCCGCCGAGGCGCUGGCGCAUUGUGCCGGCAAGGUGCCAGGGGCCGCCCCCAAAAUCACCACCGACGCCGCCGAGCUGUGUGCGUCGCCCGAGGUCGACGUGGUGCUGAUCUGCAACGCCGACGCGUACCAUGUGGCACACGGAGUGCUGGCACUGCAGCACAACAAGUACUGUCUGAUCGAGAAGCCGGUCGCCCUGUGUUUCCGGGACAUCGACCUGCUGCUCGAGGCAGAACGCCAGUCCCAGGGCCGCGUGUUUGUCGGCACCAUGCGUCGCUUUGCCCCGGCUUUCACCGACGCCGUGCGCGAGGUCGGCGGCAUGAGCAAGAUCCAGUACGCCCGGGUGCGCGACAUCAUCGGGCCCAACGCCGUCUUUGUCGACCAGUCCGGCACCUUCCCACACAAGUUCACCGACUUCUCCGCCGCCGAUUCCGAAGAUCGCGCCCGCCGGGAAGCAGACAUUUUCGAGCAAGCCCUGCGCCACGAGUUCGACGUGCCGGUCACGCCGCAAUCGCAAAGAAUGCUGCGGGUUCUUGGAGGACUCGGCACACACGAUCUAUCGGCCAUGCGCGAGAUCAUCGGCAUGCCCCAGAGCGUGGCCGGCGCCUGUCUCACCUUCCCCGGCAUCUUCAGCGUGCUGUUCCGCUACGACGGCUACCCCGUCAGCUACGAGUGCGGGCUCAGCAACGUGCCCGUGUUCGACGCCCACAUCGAAGUCUACUCGCCCGACAAGAUCGUGCGCGUCAAUUACGACACCCCUUACGUCAAGGGCCUGCCCGUCACCAUGACCAUCCGAGAACGCGUGGGCAACGACGGGUACCAGGAGCGGGUCGUGCGCAAGACGUACCAGGACCCGUACACCGUUGAGCUGUUGGAUUUCCAUCGCUGCGUCGUCCACCGGGAAUCACCCAAGACUAGCGUCGCCGACGCCCGAAACGACGUCGAGUUGUUCCGUCUGAUCUUGAAGGCCGAUGAGGCUCGAUACCGGGCCACCCCAGGUCAGGAGAACGGUUCCAAAUGA